AUUAAAAAAAAAUUAUUUCUGAAAAAAGAAAAGAGAGAGAGAGAAGCUUCUACAGUACUAAAAGCGGAGUGAAGCCGACGAAAUCUCCGCCAACGGAAAAUUUUCACAGAGCUGAAAUCUCGUUGGCGGCGAUGGCGGAUUCUCUGAUUUGGGUUUCGGAAGCUUCGUAUAUUGUGUUAAAUAUAUCUCCGUUCUCGGAUCCACCUUCGAAAACCCGUGUAGAUGCUCCUCGGGUUUAAAGGUCUUUUACGUUUCGUCUUCACCCUGUGAGUUGCUGUUCUCGCGGCGAAGGUUCUGUGUAGAUUAUAGCAGAUCUGAGUAUUUUCAAGCCAAAGGGAAAGUGUCGGCGAUGUCGAUUUUCUCACUCGCGAGCUCUGCUGGUUCUCAAAGAGAUGUCCUUAGGAUAAUGGUGUUGAAAGCGUUGGUUUCUGUAUAUUGUGUGGUUUCUCUCCUCAAUGUUCACUUAGCUGAUGCUCUAUAUGAAGGACUGCCUAUAUCACCAUCUUUAUCACCUUCAACUUCACCUGAUCUGCCCUUACCAGCUGAAUUUCCGCAGUUUCACAGAAAGCAUUUGGCACCAGAACAAGCAGAAGCACCUCGCUAUAGUCGAUUGGUCGCUUCUGCUCAUCCCCCUGCCAGCUCACAUUUCUCCAAACCAUCAAUGAAAAGGAAUGCACAAUCUCCUGGAGCUGGCUUGGUUGAUAUUGCUCCAACACAGUCUAGCAAUGGUGCCCUUCCUAAUGACUUAACUCAGCCACCUUUGUCUCCCUCCAUUUCAAAUUGUUGCAAACCAAACAUGGUGCUGAAACGAGGAAGUACUGCUUGCCACUGCGUAUAUCCUAUAAAGCUGGAUAUCCUUCUCUUGAAUGUUUCAGAUACUCCUAGCUGGAACAUCUUCCUGACUGAAUUUGCUACCCAGCUUGGUCUCCUACCUCACCAAAUCGAGCUGAUCAACUUCUAUUUUCUAAGCUUAUCAAGGAUGAACAUUUCAAUGGAUAUCACACCUCAUUCUGGAAUUAGUUUUUCAGCAAGUCAGGCAGCGGCAAUAAACUCUUCCCUUAUCAGCCACAAAAUUCGUUUCAGCACUACUUUGGUGGGAGAUUAUAAAAUUCUAAAUUUUACCUGGUUUGAGGCCCCUGCACCAUCUCAAGCACCUCUAGUGGCUUCUUCACCUCAAAAAGUAACAUCACAAGGAUCCUCAGCCACUACAUCAGUGAGUUCUCCCGGAAAAAGGAGGCACCCUAAUCUUAUUCUAAUCUUUGCUGUAACCGCUGGUGUGCUUAUCGUUGCCAUAAUCUCUGUGCUUAUUAUUUGUUCCUGUGCUCUCCGAGAAGAAAAAUCUCCUGAUCCUCACAAAGAAGCUGUAAAACCGAGGAACCUGGACCCUGCUUCAGUUGGGGGGUCGCUUCCCCACCCAGCAAGUACACGAUUUCUGUCAUAUGAAGAACUCAAGGAGGCAACUAGCAAUUUUGAAUCUGCCAGCAUUCUAGGGGAAGGUGGGUUUGGCAAAGUGUACAGAGGCAUCUUAGCCGAUGGUACUGCUGUAGCAAUCAAGAAGCUAACAAGUGGAGGACCACAAGGCGAUAGAGAAUUUCAGGUGGAGAUUGAUAUGCUAAGCCGUCUUCAUCAUCGUAAUCUCGUAAAACUUGUGGGUUACUAUAGCAGUCGAGAUUCUUCUCAGCACCUACUUUGUUAUGAGCUGGUUCCAAAUGGCAGCCUCGAGGCUUGGCUCCAUGGGCCUCUUGGGUUGAACUGUCCACUUGAUUGGGACACCAGAAUGAAGAUUGCACUUGAUGCUGCAAGAGGCUUAGCAUACCUUCAUGAAGACUCGCAACCAUCGGUUAUACACAGAGAUUUUAAAGCCUCUAAUAUCCUCCUAGAGAACAACUUCAACGCCAAAGUUGCAGAUUUUGGUCUAGCCAAACAAGCUCCUGAGGGCAGGGGUAAUCACUUAUCUACCCGUGUUAUGGGCACAUUUGGAUAUGUAGCGCCUGAAUAUGCGAUGACCGGACACUUACUCGUCAAAAGUGAUGUUUAUAGUUACGGCGUGGUCCUUCUCGAGUUAUUGACUGGGAGAAAACCUGUGGAUAUGUCACAACCUUCAGGCCAAGAAAACCUUGUCACUUGGACAAGGCCAGUUCUUAGAGACAAAGACCGGAUAGAGGAACUAGUUGAUUCAAGACUGGAAGGAAAAUACCCAAAAGAAGAUUUCAUAAGAGUCUGCACAAUAGCUGCAGCUUGUGUUGCACCUGAAGCUAGCCAAAGACCGACGAUGGGUGAAGUGGUUCAGUCGCUUAAAAUGGUUCAACGGGUCGUUGAGUAUCAAGACCCGGUUUUAAACACUUCUAACAAAGCUCGUCCUAACCGGAGACAAUCGUCGGCUACGUUCGAGUCAGAAGUAACUUCUUCUAUGUUCUCUUCUGGUCCUUAUUCUGGUCUAAGUGCCUUUGAUCAUGAAAAUAUUACACGAACAACUGUUUUCUCUGAAGAUCUUCAUGAAGGCCGGUGAAGAAAGAACCAUGGCUUUUUUCUCACUUAUUUUUUUUGUUUUAUUUUUGUUUUCUCCAACUUAAAGGUGAGAAAAUUCGAGCAGAGGAGCUUUGAGUUUAAGACAUUGUUACAGCUUUUUAGAGUUUGGAUAUGGAGUUCUCCUUUCUGGAGAAUAAAAUUUUGUAUAUAUAUAUAUGCCACUUAUUUCUUUCUUU